AUGAGUAGACCGACACCAUCAAGAAGCGCUCCGAAUGGUGGUGCUGGUGGCGGUGCUGGUGGUCCAUCGGGCAACAAAAUGCGGAUUCGAGCUUUUCCGACAACAAUGGACGAAAAAUAUGUGCAGCAGACAUGGGAUUUGUUGAAGCGUGCCAUUCAAGAGAUUCAACGAAAAAAUAAUUCUGGUCUCAGUUUCGAAGAACUUUAUCGUAAUGCCUAUACGAUGGUAUUACAUAAGCACGGUGAUAAACUUUAUUCAGGUCUGAAACAAGUGGUUAUCGAACAUUUGCAAACAACGGUCAGAAACCAAGUCUUAGCAGCAGUUAAUAGUAGUUUUCUAGAAGUGUUGAAUACAGCAUGGCAAGAUCACAUUAUAGCUAUGGUCAUGAUUAGAGAUAUUCUCAUGUAUAUGGAUCGAGUUUAUGUACAACAGCAAAAUGUUGAUCCCGUUUAUAACUUGGGUCUUAUAUUAUUUCGUGAUGAAAUAAUUAGAUAUGGAACACUAGGCGACACUUUGCGUAAUAUAUUGCUGAAAAUGAUUGCUGCUGAGCGGGGAGGUGAAAUUAUUAAUAGAAUUGGAGUGAAAAAUGCAUGCAAUAUGCUGGUAGCACUGGGUGUCGAUUCGCGACGCGUUUAUGAGGAAGAAUUUGAAGAACCGUUUUUACGUGUUUCGGCAGAAUAUUACCGUGCAGAAAGUCAAAAUUUUUUACUCGAAAACUGCGCAUCGGUUUAUGUUAAAAAAGUGGAAGAAUGCUUAAUGGAGGAGUCAAAUCGGGCAAAAAUGUAUUUGGAUAAAGGAACAGAACAAAAAAUUCUUGAGGUUUUGGACGAAGAACUGAUUAAUAAACAUAUGAUGACAAUCGUUGAAAUGGAUAAUAGUGGUGUUGUACACAUGCUCAAUAAUGAUCGCAUUCAUGAUUUACGGCGUUUGUAUAUUUUAUUGAAACGAGUAAAGAAAGGACUACCAACGAUGACUGAUUGCAUUAGCAGAUAUCUUCGAAGAAAAGGUGAAUUUUUGGUCGGUGAAGGUGGUGACCGUGAAGCUGGCACAUUGAAAAAUCCAAUUCACUAUAUUCAGGCAUUGCUGGAUCUCAAGAAUCAAUUUGAUCAUUUCUUAUUGGAUGCUUUUGAUAACGACAAAACAUUUAAACAAAAAAUACAGAGCGAUUUCGAAUAUUUCCUUAACUUGAAUCCAAAAAGUCCGGAAUAUCUGUCGUUGUACAUGGAUGAUAAAUUAAAGAAAGGAAUGAAACUGAUGAACGAAAGUGAGCAAGAAUCACUGCAAGAUAAAUCUAUGGUGCUAUUCCGUUUUCUUCAAGAGAAGGAUGUUUUUGAACGAUAUUACAAAUCGCAUUUAGCUAAACGUUUACUUCUGCAGAAGAGUAUGUCGGAUGAUGCAGAAAAAGCUAUGGUUUCGAAGUUGAAGACGGAAUGUGGUUGCCAGUUUACAUCGAAGUUAGAAGGGAUGUUCAAAGAUAUUGAAUUAUCAAAUAUUUUGAUGGGAGAUUUUCGAGACUACAAAGAAAAAACGGAAGGUGCACACGAUUCAGUGGACAUAACAGUACGAGUAUUAACAAGUGGUUAUUGGCCGACGCAAGCUGCUCCGGAUUGUAUACUACCGCCAGUGGCAGCUCAGGCUUUUGAAAGUUUUAGGACAUUUUAUCUUGGCAAACAUAACGGUCGUAAGAUUUCGCUAAAUCCUAUGCUUGGUCAUGCCGAUGUUAAAGCUGUCUUCUACGGAACAAAUGCUAAUGUGGAGGAAUUAAGCCAGCAGGAAUCGGAUCUUGCCGGACCAUCAGUUGCUCCACGUGGCAAAGAAGAACACAAAAUUUUGACUGUGAGCACCUAUCAAAUGUGUGUUUUGCUCAGGUUCAAUAAUAAAGUUAAAAUAACUUUCGAGGAAUUGGCAUCUGAAACUCAAAUUCCCGACAAGGAAUUAAAACGCUCGCUGCUUUCUUUGGCAAUGGGAAAACCAACCCAAAGAAUUCUAUGUCGGAAAGGACAUGGGAGGGAAAUCGAAAGCAGUGAUGAAUUUUGGGUGAACGAUGCAUUUACUUCGAAACUUACAAGAAUAAAAAUUCAAAUGGUGUCGGGUAGAGCGGAAGCUGAACCAGAAAGAAAAGAAACACGUUCUAGAAUCGAUGAAGAUAGAAAACAUGAGGUUGAAGCAGCUGUUGUGCGAGUAAUGAAAGCAAGGAAGCAGUUAUUGCACAAUGUUUUGGUUGCAGAAGUAACACAACAACUGAAGCAUCGUUUCAUGCCCAAUCCACAGCUAAUCAAGAAACGAAUUGAAUCACUGAUUGAACGUGACUAUUUGGCUCGUGACAAAAACGAUCAUCGUUGCUAUGAAUAUGUCGCAUAA